AUGAGCGCGCCGAUCAAUCCCAAGCCCUUCCUCGCGUCGCUCACGGGGAAGAAAGUCGCGGUGAAGCUCAAGUGGGGGAUGGAGUACCGCGGAUUCUUGGUGUCGACGGAUGCGUACAUGAAUCUGCAGCUCGCGUCGACGGAGGAGUACGUCGACGGCGAGCGCCAGGGCGCGCUGGGAGAGGUGCUGAUUCGAUGUAAUAACGUGAUGUAUCUCAAGGCGGCGGACGAGGAGGCGUGA